CUCAAACUCUUGAAAAUAAGCACAACAAUUCAAGGUUGCUCUGCUAUCUUGUAAUACUGUUGUAGUGACGAGUUACACGAAAAUAAUAUACUGUCAUCACUAAACAUCCACGUUUAGAUAAUGCCAGUUCGUCAAAAAAUACGAUAUCAUACGUGUAAAACUAAACGAAUACUAUGGGGUUCAAAGAAUUUAUUUCAUAUAACAACACAUAUAUUGUUCACGUAAAUGAGAUACUUCUCCUGCAGUUACGCUCCGCGUCGGGCCUGGGUCGUGUGCGUGUCCUGGCGAGGGAGUUCGCCAGCGACGUGCACUCCCUCUGGCGGUACGGAGCGCCGUUCCCCACAUUCCUGAAACUAAUCGGCACCCUGAUCCUCUGUCUCCUCGUCGUACUACCACUUAUCUACCCAAUCUUCGUCGUCGUCAUCUCGUACUUCACAUGCGAAAGUUUAUUUCUAAGCUGGUGGCUGGACCAGCCGGGGCGGUUCCUACCAAUGCCGAUAGCGCGCCGAACUAUCUCCGCUGGGUUCCAACCGACCAGCGCAGCUGAUGUAUGGAAAGUGCGUGAGGUGCUCACACGUGGUAUCCUGCUCACACACUCCCUGGCAACCUCCGUCGACUACCUGUGCGUCAUGCAAGGACUCCUUGAUGAAGGCUAA